AUGAGCGAAGCACGUCUGCAACUACAGUCAAUUCAGGAUCAGGGAAAUUUCUCUGAUUUGGAACGGAAAAUAUUCAAAAUUUUGAACGAUGUUCUGCAGCCUGGUGUAACCGUCGACUCUACAGACGCAGCAAAGAGAAUCGACGCACUCGGAACAAACUCCCUAGCAGAAAAUGGAAACCAAAGUGAAAGCAACAUUGAGGGCUUUCUCUGGUCAUUCUGGGAGUUAGUUAUAGAAGUCAUGCAGCAUGUUCCCCGCCACCAUCAAGGCCAGACCCGAAUGGUGGCGCUUUUGGACUCUCUGAGCCAAAUAUCCAGGGGCACGACGACGAUAUGGGGAUCUGAGGCUCGCCUAUGGAAAGACCUCCCGUUGCUGGGACCUUGUAUGAGAGACAACUGGAUAUCACCUACAUACAAUGAUAGUGUUCCGGACUCCCAGUUAGCUGAGAAGUGGGCAAGUCUCAAUUCCUUUGCAGCAAGACUACUAGCGGGAGACCUCGCCCGAUGGAUAAACUUUGGAGUCUGGGAGUUGAGUGCUGCUCUGGAGGAAGAGAUCCAGGAUCCGACAAUUCUCGAUUCUAAUAUCGCCGUGGCAGAGGAAUGGAUAGUCCACGCUGGUGGACGACUGCUCAGAGAGGCAAGGGAUGAUUCUAAAGAGGAUUCCAGUAUCAAGAAGUCGGGUUCUCUCUACAAGGGCAAAGAAGGACUGAAUUUGGACAGAUGGCAAUUUUGGAAGAAGCGGUUUGUUUAUAUUUGGAAGCAAACCUCCGGCGAUGUCUCCAAGCGUUCUCACGCGGUGGCGACCAAAAUGGACGAAAUUGAAGGCAAAUCGGAGGGGCAGAUAGUUGAGACAGCAUCGGUAACAAGCGCUCAGCUUGUGACCGAUGUCGACGCCACAAACUCCGCUGUGAGAAAGGGGAUACGGGGCGCUGCCACCGAUGUGAGAAAGCCCACGCCCAAUAUCACACCAGAUGGCUCGAUGCGGCAGCCUGUUUCGUUGGACACACCCCCGGAAGUCCCGGGCUACGCAGCAAGUCUAGAGGUGCAACGUCUACUCUCGCCAGCCAACAUCGACGACUUUAACGAUAUCUGGCCUCAUCCCUUUGCCGCUGAAGAAUUGGCGGGUGCUACGAAUGAACGUCUCCCUGUUACUCCACCGUUCGCGCCACCCAAUGAAGCCCUUAAGAAAUUAGCUGAUCUCCAAGCAAAUAUUCUUGCUGAUCUUGAGACCGUGAAGUAUUGCAAAACUGCAGAUAAGUGUCCUGAGGCGAUCAAUGCCACUUAUUCUAUCACUUCCCAAAACGUCAUGGUCGGUCGUAUGCUAGAUCAUUCAACGGCUCUCAUCGAUAUCUUGAACCACUUCCAGCCACACUGUACCGAGGGCGAAGUUUUCAAUCUGUCAUGCGAUACGCCUAUCACCAUGACGCUGGUUUCAUGCUACGUGUCUCUAGUGCGUAUCUAUCGAAUAAUAUUCUCGUGUAUUGUGGAUUCUUUGCCCUUCCUGUUGGGUAUUCAGCACCCGACUCCGCAAUUAUUUCCGGGCAUGCAUCUCGGCGGAUUCAAGCUUGAAGCUCGGGUGGACCUUCAAGUACAGAUCCUAGUGAAGAUUAGCGAAGAUAUGCUGAGAAGUAUUGAGACUAAAUUUGGUCUUUCUGACAAUGUCUCCGUGGCUAGCGAGAACAUUCCCAAGCCCGGGAAAGCGGCUCAGCUGCUCCGAACGAUGCUAGACCAUGAGACCAGUGAACAACCCGAACUGUAUGAGCCCCGAGGACACUGCAAGCCAUUGAGAGAGCUGCUUGCUAGCCUUCGAGAUUCCGAUCGUGGAGGCCGAGCUCGUCGAUGA